AAAAUAAAUUCAAAUGAUAAAAUUAAAUGCAACUGGACAUAAUGCUAUCUAUCUUGACCACAGUGCACUUAUAAACAAAUCAUAUAACAAAUACACAGAUGAUCAUCAAAAAUAUCAACUUCAACCACAUUUAUUUGAUUUCAAACCGAAACUUCAAAAGGAUUUGCAGGAAACUAUUCCAAAACAAAGAAAAAGAAAAUCCAAAACCACCACAAAUCUCUCACCAGAAACAAUAGAAUUAAAACUUACUUGCACAAAUCUCCUUGAAAAAUUAAAAGAAUCUGGAGAAGACUUCAAAUAUUUCCAACAAAAAUAUGAAGAAAGUAUAUCUCGAGUCUGGGAAGAACCAACAGUUUUUCCACAAUUCCAUGGAGCUAACACUCGAAAUGAUUUUCAAAAAUUCACACUCAAUAACCGCGAGUAUUUGAUUCCUCCUCAAAGUCGAUUUUUCAAUCAUGAUUUAGUGAAACUCCAGGAGAUAAAAACGUGCUUAGACAAAUACGAUUUUAUAGUCCUUGAUCCACCUUGGAAAAACAAAUACAUUCGUCGUUUAAAAAAAGCCAAGCAAGAACUUGGCUACAAAAUGCUUGACAAUAAUCUUUUAAGUGAUAUAGAACUCACUUCGGUCAUUCAUAGUAAUUCAAUUGUUGCCAUUUGGUGUACCAACUCGAAACAACAUCAACAAAGGAUGUUGGAAGAGUUUUUCCCUCGAUGGGAUCUGAAACUGAUUCAUAAAAUUGUUUGGUUAAAAUUGAACACAGAAGGUCAACUGAUAAGUGAAAUUAAUGAAGAAGGCAAGAAACAGCCAUAUGAAGUUCUUUUCAUUGCUAGCCACAACGACAGUACGAAAGAUUUUAAGGAAAUAAGAAAGCUGGAGUUCAUUUUGAGUGUGCCAAAGAAUCCAAAAUCGCUUGAACUCUUUGCUAGGUACCUACAACCAGAUUUUACAUCGAUAGGACUUGAGGUUCUUAAACUAAUGGAUAGUCGUUUAUAUUUUGAAGAGGAAACAACCAAUCAAGCGGAGAGCGGUUCUAGCUAAUAGGUUUUGGAACCAUUAGAUAGAACUUCAGCACAACGGAGCUUUAAAAACGAUAUCUGGGGCCUAUUUAACAGCUUACUACAUUGUUUACAUCAGCUACAUCAAUGACUUUAAACAUUAAUUGCGUCGGGCUGUUGGACUCCCCGAAGAAUUUUUUUGAACAUUUGCACUAUUUAGAGCAUAACAAGUAUUUCCCAACGUUCAAUCGGACUCAACUAUUGAUUUUUGAAGUUGCUGAUGUAGUAAAUGUAGC